AUGGCGGAAGACACGCGGGACGGAGAUUCGACGUCGUCUUCACAAUCGAACAAUAAACCAAAGCAUGAUCUCCCCAAAUCCCAGGUCGGCAAGCUGUGGGAUGCAUUUGGAAAUCCCGAGAAGCCGAUUAACGUAAUGCCUGGAGCGACAUUUGACCCCAGCCGGCAGAAACCCAAAGACUUGACGAUAUCCGAAUCGCUCAGCUCGAUCUCUAUGAAAGACGUCUCUACAUUCCACAAAAAGCCAUGCGCGCGAGAUUCAUUAAUGAUAGGCAUGGGUGCUGCAUUUGGUAUUGGAGGCAUUCGGGGUAUAGUUGGAGGACUUAGAGCUAUCUGGCCUGCUUGUAACUGGGCGGUCGGGACGUUUGCGAUUGCCUCCCUCGUUUCCUUCGAGCUCUGCAAACGACAACGAGUGAACGAGAUGCAGGGAAUGGCAGAAGCCGUGAAGCUCAUGCACGACCUCAAAAUUAAGAAAGAAAAGGAGACCGAGCAAUUAAAGGCAGCUCGUGAAGCUGAGAAGGAUGCGGAGCGCAAACGGAAAAGUUGGACGAAUCCUUCCAACUACAAGUUUUGGUGA